CUCAUAAUUGAGAAUCCAAGUAACUUCAUGUAACUGUACUUGCAAACAAGGCGUAUGGCAGGCACUCACUUCAACUGAAAUCUCCUCUCUUUUCUCACAUAAAAAUCUUUCUUCUAUUGGUAGCUACUUUGGUUAGUAUUUUUCUUUUCCAGGGGUGGAAUAAAAAGAAGCCGCUAAACGAAUUAGCUAUAUUUUCCAUGGAUUUAGGGUGCAAGAGGUUUGUGAUCAGGCAUUUUUUAUGACUGGAUUGCAAAAUGAAGAGUUCAUCCAACAAAAAUGAAUGUGGAAGAUGAGAAGAUAGAUCCGGUGACCGAUUUAGGACUUGCUCUGGGGUAUUCCAAUCAAAGAAUUCAGAGAAAAUUGAGUAAUGAUCUCGGUGCAGGUGCAAAUGCAGCUUCAAGGAUAGACAUGACAUUUGUGGCCACAGACCCCUUGUCAGAAUUAGUUUGGUCUCCACAAAAAGGUCCCAGACUCAAAUGUACCGACUUCAGCUUUUCUGAUAAAAAUCAUUCCCUUGGUAGGGGUUCAGGACCAAGCAAUGUGAUUCUUUCACCACAACAAAUUAAUACAUCUGCAAGAUCAAGUAAUGACAAGCCUAUAGAUGAAGAAAAUUUCAAUACAUCCGUAUCCACAUUUCAUGAUAUGAAUACUAAAGUUGCCAAUAUAGAUAAUUCAGACAAAUCAGCUAGGGAUAAUGAUGGCAUCGGGUUGUGUCAUGAACAGCUGACAUAUAAUGAUAAUUCUUUCCAAGGAACUGCUGGCUUUUUAGAGGAGAUAAGCACAAAGAGAGGAGAAUCUGAUCAAAAUCUUGGUGAAAAGAAUGAUCUAGCAGACUCUAAAAGAGCAUAUGUCUGUUAUCGAGGCAAUAGCCGAGUGGCUGAAAUAGCUGAGGCAAUGGAAAAUAAUUUUCCAAGUUCACCAGAUGAAAGGAAACCACAUGCAGCACAAAUUGAGUCCUUGUUCAACUAUCCUGCUAAUGAAGCCAGAGAUGUUGGCAGUGGGACUCAGUUGUCAAGAAUGGAGAUGGUCUUGGCAUCUGAAGUUAAUACCGAGAAUGAAUGUGACGCAUGUGGAACUCCAGAGAAAAAUGUGACUUCCCCUGGUAGAAAACAGGUGGAGUCAACUUCAUUAAUGGAGAAAAAAGGAAAAAGUAAGAUGAAGGGAGGCAUUUCUUCUAGACUUUGGCCUUUGGAAAAACUUGAGGCAACUGCUGAAAACAAUUUGCAGACUCUGAUGGGUGAUAAUGCAUGUGUUGCAACAAGUAAAAUUUCAGGUUCAGAAUCUGCAUCUGAAGUUGAAAAGAACUUUCAGCACCAUAAGGAGAUACGACCAGAGAAGAUGUCCACUGAUAAACAUUCUCCAACUAACAGCAGAAUCCGUAGCUGUAGAAGAAAAGGAAAGGAAAAAGAUUUAUCUGAUGGAGAUGUUAAAGGAAUGAUGUCAAAAGAGGAGGAUGACAGCCAUGAGAGUGUUCAAAGUUGUAAUAGCGCUGGAUUAUUCUCUUCGGGCAAAAAACGAUGGGGCUUUGAGCAACAGUUGACUGUGGGGAGCAAAAGAGCGAAAAAGCAAAUCGCUGAAGGUCCUUGUUCCUCAUCAUUUGUAAAACAAGAUAGCUCCUUCAUGAACUGGAUAUCAAACAUGAUGAAAGGCUUUUUGAAAUCGAAAGACAAGACGCCAUGUUUGGCGCUUACUGUUGCAAAUCCUAAUCAGUCACAUGAGAGUCCUGACAAGAAUCUUGACACAAGCAAUAUGAACCAAGAUCCUGGGUGCAGAAAUAUUGGAUUUCAAUCUGUUUUCCACUCAAUAUAUUCUCCAAAGACUAAGGUCCAAGGAACAACAACACAAAAUGAAAAUUAUCAAAGAGGAUUUGAGCUGACUAACAAGAUUUGUGACAUUGAUGCUACUCCAAUUGCUUGUCAUGGAGAAAAUUUCAACUUUCAUGAAGGAUUUCUGCUAUCAAAAGAAAGGUUCAAAGAACCAAUAUCUGGUGGCAGAGCAGGUCCACCAACCCAGCCAAUUAUUUCAUCCAUGAAUUUGUCUCCCAGUAAGAAAAGUAGUGACGGAAAUUCUGCAGGGAAUAAGAAUUCAUGCAACUUGGCAGUGGGUGUGGAGAAAGAUAGAGCAAGCUCUAGUUCUUCUUUGGGUAAAAUUAAGGCCAUGAACACCGAGAACAUUGAUUCUGACCCACCGUCUGAAGGAAAGACAGCUCAUAGCAUUGGUUACCAGCGCAACCUUCUAGAGAGCUUGUGGAUAACUUGCUUUACUCCUAAGUCUUCUAACUCCUUGUUAAACCAGGAUACCGGUUGUGCUGUUGAGCGCUCAAGUGACUGCAUGAAGCUUGUUCCUUGCUCCCAGAACAAUGCUAAUUUUUCUAGCAACCCCAAGAUUGUGGAGGCUAGGCAGCAAUGUGCCGAAGAGCCACUAACCAGCUCUGGUAAAGAAUUACCGAAUUGUGCUACUGAAAUUGAGGCAUCCAUUGGUUUCAAUAAAAUUGCAGUCUACAAUGACCAGAAAUCCAAAUGUAAAGUGAGCUCUAUUUUAUCCUCCCCUGGAUUAAAAGAUUCAGAGGUGAUGGCUUCUCAUUUUGCUAGGAGAUUAGAUGCCCUCAAAAACAUCAUGCCUUCUGGUGUAUCAGACAAUAUAGUUUCAACUAUCACCUGUUUCUUUUGUGGAAGAAAAGGCCAUGAUUUGCAAUAUUGUCCAGAGACAACAGAUAUCGAGAUUGAAGAUCUUUUGAGGAAUAUGAAGUCACCUAAUAGAUUGGAAGAAUUGCCUUGUGUGUGCAUUAGAUGCUUUGAGCUUGAUCACUGGGCUGUUGCAUGCCCUAACACAUCCUCUAGAAGUCAAAAUCAAUCAGCACAUAGAGCUUCUUUGGCUAAUCUCAAUGAACUGCAAUUUUAUGAAAGAUUUGAAGAGAAAAAGACACUUUUAGAUGACAAUCAAGAAGCUAUUGCUGCACGUACAGUUUGCAAUGGAAUUGAUGCUGAAAAAGGGCCCAGUACUAAUUAUGGGGUUACUAUAGACAAAAUGAGAUCAAAAACUAAUGUGAACAAGAAAUAUGUAGCUUCCUGUAUCAAGCAAAAUGAGUUGAAAGAAAACCAGAUCAUACCUUGGGGCAAUUUCGACAAUCAGCAGGUUUCCAAUAUGCCAAAGGCAAUCUUCAAAGCUGUUAGGAUGCUUCGUUUGUCACGGACAGAUAUCCUGAAGUGGACGAAUUCAAAAAUAUCACUCUCACAUCUUGAAGGUUUUUUCCUGCGUUUGCGGCUUGGGAAGUGGGAGGAAGGUUUAGGGGGAACUGGAUAUUAUGUUGCCUGCAUAACCGGAGGGGCACACAGACAGGGUUCACAGCAAAAUCCCAAGAAUUCCAUCUAUGUUAAUGUAGGGGGGAUCAAAUGCUUGGCUGAGAGCCAAUACAUCUCCAACCACGAUUUUCUUGAGGACGAGCUUAUGGCAUGGUUGCAUGCAACCACAAGGAGUGGUGGCAAGAUUCCAUCGGAGGAAGAAUUGACAACGAAAGUUAAAGAGAGAAGAAUAUUGGGCUUCUAAGCUCUUUUUUUUUUUUUUUCCUGUUUCGGAAGUUCAAAUACAUUGCCUUCUUUGCGCAAAACAUAUCAGGUGGCUAUGGUUUCUUUUUCGUAAAAAUAUUUUACUUGUAAUCACUCUUUGCUUUCUCCUUUUUUAAGGCUUCAUUUGAGGUUCAGUCAUAAAAUGUAUUCCCUGGUGCCAUGGGAGCAAUGUAACUUUUGGUGGCAUGGGAGCGUCCGAAUCCGACUCCGAAAUGGAGCCGAGUCUUUGGACCACCAUUUUUUUGGAGCUUAGUGCAAACAUGUAAAUAACUUCACCACUUUUAGCUCUAGAAU